ACCCUCCCUCUUACUUUCAAACCUUUCGUCUGCAGACUCCAGAGUCCUCAGAAGAUGAGCAACCACAAAGACAGUUUCAGCCUCGCCGAUCUCACUUCUGCUCUUAAAGACGAGGAUCGAGCUGGCCUCAUGAACGCUCUCAAGAACAAGCUGGCUGGUCACAGUUCAGAUGUGCUCGAGAAUCUGACUCCUCAAAUGAGAGCUCGUGUGGAUGCCUUGAAGGAUAUACAGAGCCAACACGAUGAACUUGAGGCUAAGUUCCGUGAGGAGAGAGCUGUUCUUGAAGCCAAGUAUGAAAAGCUGUAUCAGCCCUUGUAUGCCAAGCGUUAUGAGAUUGUGAAUGGAACUACUGAAAUCGAGCUGACUCCAGAGGAUACAAAGAUGGACGAAGGAGAUGACAAAACUGCUGAAGAGAAAGGAGUUCCAAGUUUCUGGCUGACUGCUUUACAAAAUAAUGAAGUCACUUCCGAGGAGGUCACAGAGCAUGAUGAAGAGGCUCUCGAGUAUCUUAAAGAUAUUAAAUGGUGCAAGACCGAAGAGCCUAAAGGAUUCAAGCUUGAGUUUCUCUUUGACUCGAAUCCCUUUUUCAAAAACAAUGUCUUGACAAAGUCCUAUCAUGUGAUUGAUGAGGAUGAGCCACUAAUUGAGAAGGCUAUUGGGACUGAAAUUGAUUGGUAUCCUGGAAAGUGCCUAACUCAGAGGAUUGUUAAGAAGAAGCCUAAGAAAGGUUCUACGAACACUAAACCAGUCACCAAAAUGGAAGACUGUGAAAGCUUCUUCAACUUCUUUAAUCCUCCAGAAGUCCCGGAUGAAGAUGAAGAUAUCGACGAGGACAGAGCUGAGGAACUUCAGAAUACGAUGGAACUAGAUUAUGACAUUGGAUCUACUAUCCGGAACAAGAUUAUUCCGCAUGCCGUCUCAUGGUUUACUGCUGAGGCUAUGGAAGGACAGGAGUUUGAUAUAGAUGAUGAUGAAGAUGAUGAUGAUAUUGAGGAGGACGAGGAUGAUGAUGAUGAGAUGGAGGAGGAUAGCAAGACUAAAAAGAAGAAGGGAGGCAGAUCUCAGAUUGUUGGUGUUGGUCAACAAGGCGAGAGGCCACCAGACUGCAAGCAACAGUGAUCUCGAUGCUCUACUGAACAAAAAGGCAUGUGUGAAAAUAUAUCUCGAGUCAUUCUCACUUCAUCUAGAAUGAGGAUUGAAUAAAAAGGUUUUAGUUUUUUUUUUUUAGUGUGAAACUAAUCUCCUUAUUGAUGAUGCUCUCAUAGGAGUUUUGAUCAUUUGUUUUGGUGUUUAUUUUCGUUGAAUGAUUUUAGACUUAACCUUGGUGUUUAUGAAUGAAUGAAACAUCAUCCCCCCUUACUAUAUUUCUGCCUUCACCACGC